CGGUUCUGCCCAGCGUUUAGCUGAACAAAGUAUAUAUUUCGUGCACGGUUCGGCUGUCUCAUUUCAUCGCAGACUCAAGGCAUUCGCUCUCACGACUCACGAGUUACGCGUUCAUCUGCUGUCCACUCCCGCCGGCCACAAACGCCGUCGACCUCCUUUCGCUUUCACACCGGCAAUGAUCGUCGUCGUCGUCUUCCAUUAACAAGGGAGGAGAAAUUUGUUCUCUUUGCUUAGCUUUAUCAAGCACCACAAAGCCAGUCCAAAGGAGCUUCGCUUAUGGCAUUGUUCUCUCUCAUGGCUUGUGUCCGCCCUUCCCUUAUAUGUAAGGCAUCAUUUAAAAGCUACAAUAACGGAACCUAUGAACUUGAUUCAGCUUACAUCAGGCGAGCAGCUGUGAUAGCUGACAAAUCUGCUGGAUUCACUUCUCCCCAUCCCAACUUUGGCUGUGUAAUAGCUACUGCCCCUGGCCACAUUGUCGGGGAGGGUUUCCUCUAUGCCCAAGGUACUAAACCAGCUGAGGUUCAGGCUGUUGAGGCCGCAGGUGAAUGUUGUCGUGGUGCUACUGCUUAUCUCAACAUGGAACCUGGGGAUUGUCAUGGUGAUCACACUGCCGUGUCUGCUCUUGUUCAGGGAGGAGUUAAAAGGGUUGUUAUUGGAAUGAGACAUCCCUUACCUCAUCUGCGGGGCAAUGCUGUGCGUGCAUUGCGUAGUCAAGGAGUGCAAGUUCAUGUUCUUGGGGAGGAUCUCAAAAGUAAACCGACUGAGGAAGCUCAGAAGGCAUGUCUUCUUGUCAAUGCCCCUUUGAUUUGCAGGGCUGCUUUACGACUUCCUUUCUCUGUCCUUAAGUUUGCCAUGACCCUUGAUGGAAAAAUUGCUACUAGCAGUGGGCAUUCGGCAUGGAUAAGCAGCAAGCAAUCUAGAAAAUUAGUUUUAGAACUACGUGGUAGAAAUGAUGCCAUAAUUGUUGGAGGAAACACAGUGCGAAGGGACAAUCCAAGAUUGACAGCAAGACAUGGAGGUGGACAUACGCCAGUUCGCAUUGUAUUGUCCCAGACACUUAAUCUUCCUGAGGAAGCGAACCUAUGGGACACAUCAGAGGUCUCUACCAUAGUUGUAACGCAGAGGGGUGCUAGGAGGAGCUUCCAAAAGCUGCUUGCAUCUAAAGGCGUUGAGGUGGUGGAGUUUGACAUGUUAAAUCCUCGAGAUGUCAUGGAGUAUUUUCAUGAUCGUGGGUAUCUUUCAAUUUUAUGGGAGUGCGGAGGAACUUUGGCUGCAUCUGCUAUUUCAUCUGGAGUAAUUCACAAGGUUUUUGCGUUUGUUGCUCCUAAAAUUAUUGGGGGGAAGAGUGCACCAUCUCCUGUCGGUGAGCUUGGGAUGGUUGAGAUGUCACAGGCCAUAGAUCUGAUUGAUGUUUGCUAUGACCAGAUUGGGCCUGACAUGCUAAUUAGUGGGCUCCUCCGGUCUUUAUCAGAUUUGACACCUGUUAUCCCAUCGGUAGAUGAGACUUUUGCUGUUGACCCCACUGUCUCACCUUAUGAAUCAAGCAUCAUAUUUUUCUAUAAAACAUGGGAUCCUUAUGGCGCAUUUUCAAAUUUUUCACCUCAUCCCAUUCAAAUGCCUGAUGGAAAUGGUGAUUAUGUAACUUGGUUCAGUGUGGAGCACUACUACCAGGCACACAAAUUUGUUGGGGUCAAUGAUCCUUUUGCUCAUAAUUGCGUUGAAAGGAUUAAAUCUGCGAAAAGUCCAGAAGAAGCUGCGAGAAUAGGAAGGUCAAUGCAGAGACAGAAACGUGAUCUGGUAAGGCCUGACUGGGACAACAUAAAGAUUGAAGUAAUGUACAGAGCUCUUAAAUGCAAGUUCUCAAUCUACCCUCAUCUGAAUAACAUGCUGAUCUCAACUGCCGGUUCGGUGCUUGUCGAGGCAGCCCCGCAUGACCUGUUUUGGGGUGGAGGUCGGGAUGGAGAAGGCUUAAAUUAUCUUGGCCGACUAUUGAUGCAAUUGAGAUCAGAGUUUCUUGGGGAGGAGUCUUCAUCCGUUGAUAACGACUAAAGUUCAGGAUUAGCGAGCUUGCGUCCAUGAGACAUCAAACUAAUCGACUAGACUCAUUUUGUUUGAUUAGUGGCAGCACUUGCUCUUGAAGCUGAUUAUCAUUUUACUUCUGUCAAAUUUAUUUUCUUGUCACCGUGGAUUAUCAACUAGCAAUAAAAGAAAUAAUUGAGACCUUAUUUUCCUCUAACUGAAAAUGUAUACAUGCAUUGAGCCUCCAAUUGAAAAUUCAUAUGCGUAUUUUUCGUU